UGGUAUUGUUAUAAUCAGUGUAAAUAAAUACUUACUGAUAACCCCAUUUAUCAAUAAGAUGUACAAGGCUUGGUUUAUUAUCUGUGCAUUGUGUUCUUCGGAGGCGUUUAAUCCUCUAAAAUGUCAAGAGAAACCGCAGGAGAAGCAUUGUCUUAUAGAAUGGAUGGUACGUGACCGUUGGCCGCAUACAGUGAGAUACGUUUACGACUGGGUGACCCGCAAGUGUUUCGAGAUAAGGUGGUCAGACCACUGUCCAGACGUGCCUGUUCCGACCACUUCCAACAACUUCCCUAGCGAAGACGAGUGCUUGGACCAAUGUUCUGGAUGGAAUUAAAUCAUACAUAUAUACAAUUAGCUGUGUGUAAUAACGAAAAAAAGAAAAAUUGUUUAUUUGGUCCGAAAAAUAAGAACACAUUACAAAUAUGUCAAUUUACAUCUACAACAUACAUACAUACAUAAAUCACGCCUCUUUCCUGGAGGGGUACGCAGAGACUUCAUCUUCCAUUUGCCACAACCCCUGCAUACUUCUUUCGCUACAUCCACAUUCAUAACUCUUUUUAUGCAAGCUUGUCGGUUUCGGAUACUCUUGACCUGACCUUUUGGUAGAACGUCUCGGUUGUUACAUACAUACAAAUAUUCACGUCUAUAUCCCUUACGGGGUAGGCAAAACCGCCUUUUAGAAAAUACAGAAAGUUAUAUACUAUAUACUUGGGAUUCCUCUUUAAAGCGAUGGGCUAGCAACCUGUCACUAUUUUAAUCUCAAUUCUAUCAUAAGGCCAAACAACUGAACGUGGCCUCUCAGUCUUUUAAAGACUCUGGCUCUGUCUACCCCGCAAGCAAUAUAGAGUGUUUAGGUAUAUAAUACGUUUUGUUAUUUAUUUAGUAAUUAUUUACAAAUUGAUACGACAAAAUUACAACGUUAAGAAUAACGCAAACAAAAAAUAAAUUCAACUGUUUUUAUUUUUUUGUGGAGUGACAACUCUGUAUAAGGUCAGUGCAAAUUAAGUGUAAACAUUUGUAGGGUGCUCCCAAUAAUGGAUACCAAACAUUUGUCGUUAAUUUAUUGGUCGAUGGAUCUUCAUUUCUGUUAAGAAUGAUUUGUUUUCAUUAAAUUUUCUCUUAAAGCUAUCGUUGGUUUGUUAUUCUUUUUCUAAUUAAUCAUAUAAAAUACAAAACUUCAUAGGAAACGGAACAGUCAUGAUAUUAUAUCUUUUGUUUUAUUUUCGCAUUUAUAUUUUUACUAGCUUUCACACGCAACUUCGCCCGAGCGGAUUAAGCGCCACCUUCACUUAACGUGUGAAUUUAUCGCCAUCAACAAAAGUAUGCAGGCUUUUCCCAAAUCCACUGGAAUUUUAUUUUUUAAAAAGGGAUGAAAAGUACUCUAUAUCCUUAUCCAGACUCUUAAUUGUAAAUACCUACUUAAAUCUUGAAGAUUGGUUGGUUCAGUAGAUAACGCGUGAAAACAUAACAAACAAAUAAACUUUCUUUUGCAUUUACGAUAUUAUCUGUGUAUGUGUUAGUGUUAAUCUGUGGCUAGAAAUAUGUAACUCUGCAUUUUUGUUUCGGCCGAUGAGUUAGCAAUUUGUUUCUAUUUAAAUAUCAUUUAUUACCUCUUUUUAGGACUGUGGGCUAAAUUUACCCCGCUAGGAUUUAAAUCAAUGUGUAUAAAGUUUUGUUUAAGAAUUUGUUUAAU